CUGCUAAGAGCAACGGCAAGUCGCCAGGCUGCCUUGGCUACCCCUUGAGCAUCUUCUUCAUUGUCGUCAAUGAGUUCUGCGAGCGGUUCUCCUACUAUGGCAUGCGAGCGGUGCUUGUUCUGUAUUUCAAGUAUUUCCUGCAAUGGGAUGACAACUUGUCUACAGCCAUCUACCACACAUUUGUUGCUCUGUGCUACUUGACGCCAAUCCUUGGAGCACUCAUCGCAGACUCUUGGCUGGGAAAGUUUAAGACCAUAGUCUCCCUGUCCGUUGUCUAUACGAUUGGGCAGGCAGUCAUGUCUGUGAGCUCCAUAAGCGACCUGACAGAUCACAACUGGGAUGGCGUUCCCGAUAAUCUAUCAGUGCACAUUGCUCUGUCCAUGAUCGGCUUGAUCCUCAUUGCACUUGGUACUGGUGGGAUCAAACCUUGCGUGUCAGCGUUUGGUGGAGAUCAGUUUGAGGAUGAUCAGGAAAAACAAAGAACCAGAUUCUUCUCUAUCUUUUAUUUAUCCAUUAAUGCUGGAAGUCUCAUAUCUACUAUAAUCACCCCAAUUCUCAGAGCUCAAACUUGUGGCGUUCAUAGCAAACAGCGGUGUUACCCACUAGCUUUUGGAGUUCCUGCUGCCCUCAUGGCUGUCUCCUUGGUUGUGUUUGUAAUUGGAAGUGGAAUGUACAAGAAAGUUCAACCUCAAGGAAAUGUAAUGAUUCAAGUUUUCAAAUGCAUUGGAUUUGCAAUCCAAAACAGGUUCUGGCAUCGCAGCAAGGAGUUCCCCAAGAGAGAGCACUGGCUAGACUGGGCGAGUGAGAAGUAUGAUAAACGGCUGAUUGCUCAGACUAAGAUGGUGUUGAAGGUGCUUUUCCUUUACAUCCCUCUCCCCAUGUUCUGGGCACUUUUUGACCAGCAGGGGUCAAGAUGGACACUGCAAGCCACAACGAUGGAUGGGAAUUUUGGAUCUGUUCAGAUUCAGCCAGACCAAAUGCAGACUGUGAAUCCAAUCCUGAUUAUAAUAAUGGUCCCAGUUAUGGAUGCUGUGGUUUAUCCUUUAAUCAAGAAAUGCAAGAUCAGUUUUACGCCCCUGAGGAAGAUCACUGUUGGUAUGUUCCUUGCAUCUUUGGCUUUUGUUGCUGCCGCUCUUGUGCAAGUGCAAAUAGAUAAAACUCUUCCAGUUUUCCCUGCAGCUGGGCAAUCUCAAAUCAAAGUAAUAAAUCUGGGUACAGACAAUGUAAUAGUUCAGUUUGAGCCUCAACUUUGGAAUGUGACUGUCACGUCUAUGGAGUCGACUGGCUACAUGACAUUUGAGACUUCUCAGUUGCAAUCAGUAAGCAUAACUUCUGGAAACAAAAAUAGAACUGAAAUUGUCAAGUUGCCAGGGCAAAAUCGUCACACGCUUGGAAUCAAAACUACUGAGACAGAAGUCGUUACUAAAUGGCUGUUUGACAAUGUCACAUCAAAACCAGAAGAAGGAAAUAAUCUCAUCAGAUUCAUAAACAAUUUGCCUGAUGAUAUCAACAUCACUAUGGAAGACAUUUCUUUUGGAACAGUGAUGUCUCUUUCUGCCACUAAUUAUGCCUCCUUUCCAGGAGGAAGAAAAGAUACAAUUACAGCUACUAGAAAUUCAACCACUUGUUCAUUUACUUCAAAGGCAUUUGGAUUUGGCAGUGCCUAUACUAUUAUAAUUAAUGAGUGCACUGCUGACAACCAUAACAUAGUGUAUUCUGAAGAUAUCCCACCCAAUACAGUCCAUAUGGCUUGGCAGAUCCCUCAGUAUUUUAUUCUUACAUGCGCUGAAGUAGUCUUCUCUGUCACUGGGCUGGAGUUUUCAUACUCACAGGCCCCAUCUAAUAUGAAGGCAGUGCUGCAGGCAGGAUGGCUGCUGACAGUGGCUGUUGGUAACAUAAUUGUCCUUAUUGUGGCUGGAGCAUCCAAACUCAGUGAGCAGUGGGCAGAGUAUGUGCUGUUUGCUGCCUUGCUGUUGGCAGUUUGUGUCAUUUUUGCUGUCAUGGCUUAUUUUUAUACCUAUACUGACCCAAAUGAGAUUGAAGCCCAACUUGAUGAGGAAGAAAAGGAGCAAGUCAAAAAGGAUCAAGAUAUCUAUGAAAAGCAAGCCGAAGCUGUGUCUCGGAUGUAA